ACUCCUCAACCACACCACCUAACAAACUCGACGGAUAUUACAAUUUCACUAGUCUGCCCUUUCCAUAACCAACUUUCCGCUUCAGGAGAACCUAAACCCCUCAAGAAGCGAAAAACCAAAUCACGCCAUUCAUUUCUCUCUUACUCUCACGUUGAUCAUGUCGUCUAAGCCAGUGCCUGGCCGCCUCACAUCCGUAUACAGCGAUGUCCAAACCAGCCGCUUAAACCACUCACUCCCGCUGCCUUCCGUCCUCAAAACUCCAUUUGACGUUGUCGAUGGCCCCCCGAGCUCCGCCGCUGGAAACCCUGACGAGAUAGCGAAGCUGUUUCCGUGCGUGUUUGGACAGCCAUCGGCCAUGUUUGUGCCUAGCGAUGGUGUGAAGGCGGAUCGGAGUUUGAAGAUUGGAGUUGUUCUCUCUGGAGGCCAGGCUCCCGGUGGACAUAAUGUGAUAUCGGGGAUCUUUGAUUACCUCCAGCAACGGGCAAAGGGAAGCACAAUGUACGGGUUCAAUGGAGGUCCAGCUGGGAUCAUGAAGUGCAAAUUCGUGGAAUUGUCAUCAGAGUUUAUCUAUCCUUAUAGAAACCAGGGUGGGUUUGACAUGAUAUGUAGUGGAAGAGACAAAAUAGAAACUCCAGAACAGUUUCAGCAAGCUGAGGAAACAGCGAAGAAGCUUGAUUUAGACGGCCUUGUAGUCAUUGGAGGAGAUGACUCAAACACAAAUGCUUGCCUCCUUGCUGAGAAUUUUAGGAGUAAAAAUAUGAAGACAAAGGUAAUUGGAUGCCCAAAGACCAUAGAUGGAGAUUUGAAAUGUAAGGAGGUUCCCACAAGUUUUGGAUUUGACACUGCAUGCAAGCUUUAUGCAGAAAUGAUAGGAAAUGUCAUGACAGAUGCCCGUUCAACUGGAAAAUAUUACCACUUUGUAAGGCUGAUGGGCCGUGCAGCUUCUCACAUAACAUUAGAAUGUGCUUUGCAGACUCAUCCUAACAUAACAAUUAUUGGAGAAGAGGUUGCUGCUAAGAAGCUGACACUAAAAAAUGUUACAGAUUACAUCACCGAUAUAAUCUGCAAGCGUUCAGAAAUCAGUUAUAAUUAUGGUGUCAUACUCAUACCAGAAGGCCUGAUAGAUUUCAUUCCUGAGGUGCAGCUGCUUAUUGCGGAGCUAAAUGAAAUCUUAGCUCAUGAUGUUGUUGAUGAAGAAGGGAAGUGGAAAAAGAAACUUCGAAGCCAAUCGCAGGAGCUGUUUGACUUCCUACCUCAAGCGAUUCAGGAGCAAUUACUGCUUGAAAGAGAUCCACACGGGAAUGUGCAGGUUGCGAAGAUAGAAACAGAGAAAAUGCUCAUUCAAAUGGUGGAAACUGAAUUGGAUAAGAGGAAGAAGGAGGGUACAUACAAUGGCGAGUUUAAAGGACAGUCCCACUUCUUUGGUUAUGAAGGGAGAUGCGGUUUGCCAUCUAACUUUGAUGCUAAUUACUGCUAUGCUUUGGGGUACACUGCUGGAGCACUCCUCAAUUCUGGAAAGACUGGAUUGAUUUCCUCGGUAGGGAAUUUGGGUGCUCCAGUUGAAGAGUGGACUGUUGGUGGGACUGCAUUGACUUCCUUGAUGGAUGUGGAGCGGAGGCAUGGGAAGUUCAAGCCCGUGAUAAAGAAAGCAAUGGUUGAGCUUGAAGGUGCACCAUUCAAAAAAUUUGCAUCCUUGCGCGAUGACUGGUCCCUCAAGAAUAGAUAUGUCAGUCCAGGUCCUAUCCAAUUUGCUGGUCCAACCGCAAACCAUAUCAAUAACACUUUGAUGCUGGAGCUCGGAGCAUAAGCCUAGGGAAAGAGUCCAGGAAUUGAUAUCCAGAUUUCUUAUUGCCAUAUUUAAUCUACCGAAAACUUCAUCGGCUACAAAAUAAAGGAUAUAUUAUUACAUAGUUGAUGACAUUUGUCUCUGUGAAUGCAGGUUCCCCAAUCCAGUUUUGAUUGUAAUAAUCUCUAUUUUAGGAACAAGCAUUCUUGGCCAAUAUUUUCAUUUUUCUUUUUGUCAAAUUGUCUUCCAUUAUCACUCUGGUAAAAAUAUUUGUCAGAAAUGUGGAUGUUAGUGAAAGAUUUUCACUGC